UAACCACUUGCGUUCCUCCAAACCCCACCACGACCACAACACCAAAAACCAAACAAACCUCGUAGAAUCACAUCCAUGGCGUCCCCUCAUUAUCAUCUUCUUCAAUUCACCAUUUUCUUUUUCCUUUUCCAUCAGAACCUCUGCUUUGCAUCGAAACAAACACUCCUUUUGCCUAUCAAGAAAACAUUAGGGCAUUCUCACACUCGUGCUUCCCUGUUUUCCUCAGCGGCCGCCAGCAAACUCCCUUUCCACCACAACGUGUCUCUGACGGUUACUGUCUCUGUCGGCUCGCCCCCGCGGCAAGUCACCAUGGUGCUGGACACUGGAAGUGAGCUGUCUUGGCUUCAUUGCAAAAAAGAACCCAAGUUGAAUUCCAUUUUUAAUCCUCAAGCUUCUUCUUCUUACAUACCCAUCCCCUGCUCCUCCCCUGUUUGCAAGACCAAAACCCAGAACCUAACCAACCCCGUAUCUUGUGACGCAGAAAAGUUAUGCCACGCGGUUCUCUCCUACGCUGACGCUUCCUCCAUUGAAGGAAACCUCGCCUACGACACCUUCGUCAUCGGAUCCUCUGCUCGACCCAGUACCAUAUUCGGCUGCAUGGACUCGGGUUUCAGUUCGAACGCCGAAGAGGAUGCGAAAACAACCGGGUUAAUGGGCAUGAACCGUGGGUCACUAUCUUUUGUGAACCAAAUGGGUUUCCCCAAAUUCUCGUACUGCAUAUCGGGUUUUGACUCCUCAGGGGUUUUACUUCUCGGCGACGAGAAUAUUCCGUGGCUUACCGGACUAAACUAUACCCCUUUGGUCCUAAGGUCCGACCCGUUACCGUAUUUUGACCGGGUUGCAUACACGGUUCAGCUUGAUGGUAUUAAGGUUGGAAGCAAAAUGUUACCGCUACCGAAAUCCGUUUUUCAACCGGAUCAUACUGGGGCGGGUCAAACUAUGGUUGACUCGGGCACUCAGUUCUCGUUUCUUCUGGGUACGGUUUACACCGCUUUGAGAAACGAGUUCAUUCAACAAACAAAGGGAGUACUAAGAAAGUUGGAGGAUUCAACAUUCGCGUUUCAAGGGGCAAUGGAUUUGUGUUUCUUAGUGGAUUCAACUCAGACGAGUUUACCCGAACUUCCUCGGGUCAGUUUAAUGUUUAGUGGUGCCGAGAUGAGUGUAUCGGGCGAGAAGUUAUUAUAUCGGGUGCCCGGGAUGAUGAGGGGUAAGGAUUCAGUGCAUUGCUUCACAUUUGGCAACUCUGACUUGUUGGGGAUAGAGGCGUUUGUGAUUGGGCAUCAUCAUCAGCAGAACGUGUGGAUGGAGUUUGAUCUGGUGAAGUCAAGGGUCGGAUUUGCAGAGGUUAGGUGUGAUCAGGCGGGUCAAAGGCUGGGUAUACGUGCCUAAGAGUGGGCCCAAAAAAUGUAAAUUACAAAUAGCUUACGGGUCAGGGUUUUGGUGUUGUCUUUGACUUUUGCAACGGGCCCUACUUUGUCCAGUUCAUGGCCCUUCUUAGGGAUAGAUAUGGACCAUCUAUCGUACAGUGUGGUUUUGAUGGGCUUAGUCCCUACUCCUGCUAGUUGAGAAGGAGUAUUUUCAAGUAUAAGUGAGAUAUGGUAAAUAUUUAAUAUUUGCUUUGAAAAAUUUUAAGUAUAAUUGUUUAAACUUUUUUU